AUGUCUUGUUCCCCACAACCUUAUCAGAUCGUCAAACUAAACGAUCAAGAAAUUAUUGCAACCGAUGUUGAGCUAUUAGAUCCACGGCGAAGUACGGUAUAUCGACUCAAACUCAAACUUGCCUCGCAUCAGAAUGUCAUACCAGAUAUGGCCACGUCUGUUAUUGUUAAGCAACAGAAAGACGGGUGGGAGGAAGAGUUCGAAGUUGAAAAGAUGGCCUACAACAGAUUGGCGCAGCUUCAAGGAGAAGUCAUUCCAUACUUCUAUGGCCAGGGCUCCUUCAAUGGGCUUCCUGCCAUCGUACUGUCGGAUAUUGAUGGUAUUGCUCCGGAUUAUUUGGCUCGCAGCAGCAACGACGAGAUCUCGGAGGAUUCGCUGGAAGCUUAUCUAGAGAAAGUUUUCAGGGAGUUCUCAAAGUGCGGGGUUUUGUAUCGUGACCAGAAACUGGAUAGUUUCUUGUUAUGCUAUGACAAAGACCGCCGGCAUGGCAAAGUGAUGGUCGUUGAUCUCGAGCAGGUUGAAUUCCCUAGCGAGGUGCUUCCUUGGCAAUACGGUAUCAACCAGGAGGGAGCAAGGUCUUUGAUGGAAGAAUUCAAGCAUCAACGGAACCCCACGCGUGAAUCACCUCCACUUGAACUAUGGAAGUGUGCAUAUUAA